CCCAGAGCUCAGCUCAGAUAAUAGUAACAUGCUCCUUUCCUCCCUCUCGAGGUGUCUCUCCCAAAACACACCCCCUCCCUCGCCGCAGACCCGCAGUCACUGAGCCAAGAACGAGCAGCGCGAUGAGAGGAGGAGCGGGGCCCACGGUGGCGUUUAUCGCCGGCGACCCGCCUCCGGAUGCGGCGGCGGAGGAGGAGGUGGAGGACGACGAGCUGGAGCUGGGGCUCUGCCUAGGCUCCAAGAAGCAGCAGCAGCAGCAGCAGCAGCCCCCAUCGCCAGCGCCGUGCCGGAUCCUGACGGCCAGGGACCUGCAGCCGGGGGCCCUGUCUCCGGACUCCUCCGUGUCCUCCUCCUCCCCCGCAGCAGGGGCAGCGGCGGCCAGCAAGAGGGCCAAGGCGGAUACAGCGCCCAACGCCACCAUCUCGCCGGGGACGGUCGCUUCUGGCCACCCACAGAGCAGCUUUGGAGUGGUGGGAUGGCCACCCAUAAGAACUUUCAGGAUGAACAGCCUAUUCAACCAGGCCAAAGACAAUGCUUCAGAGGCUAGCACCAAGAAGGCCGCUGAUGAAUCUGACAUGCAGAAAGACAAGGAGGAGAGCGAGAAGAAAGGGCGGGUUGUCGGUUGGGUGAAGGUGAACAUGGAUGGAGAUAUCAUUGGAAGGAAGGUCGAUCUUAACGCCCAUCGUUCGUAUAAGACUCUUGCCUCAGCACUUGAGCUGAUGUUCAUGAAGCCAUCCAUCAGUCUUUACACUUCUAGUAGUGCAAAGUCUCUGAAUCUAUUGGACAGCUCAUCGGAAUAUCAGCUCACCUAUGAGGACAGGGAUGGGGAUUGGAUGCUCGUCGGAGAUGUUCCAUGGGAGAUGUUUGUAGGUUCAGUGAAGAGGCUCAAGAUCAUGAGGGCAUCAGAUGCUAAUGGUCUGGGUUAGAUUCUUCGCUCUCUCUUCUUCAACCCAGGCAUAGUAAAACAUUUGAAGGUCUGCGAUUCCAAGGGGUUCACAGAGCUGCAGCUUUCACAAGAGCUAGAACUUGAGAAGCACUGAUGGCGUUCGAUCUAGAGAGCUAUACCACUGGUGAAGCUUGAAAUUUGUUUCAUAUCACAUAACAGCAGUCCGUAUCUUUGGCAUAGUUGUGAGAUUACUUGUGUCUAGUGGAAAUAGUAGAAGCGCUGUGAAGGAGCCACACCACCGUGUUCUAUUCUAUUCUUUUUACUUGCCCUUCGGUGCCCUCUUUCAGGGCUCUUCUCAUGGCUAUGAGCAUCCUCCCCGUCUCUUCUGUCCACACUGUUUUUAUCUGAGGCAUGGUCGCCCAAAGUGUCGGUUUUUCUUUUUUUUUCCCCUUUUGUGCUGUGGCAAUAGUAUUUGUUCCACUUGUUUCAUAUUCAUGUUUAUAUCUGAAUGGAUGUGCAAAUUGUUGCGGUC